GCCACCUCGCCCCGUGACCCCGGAGGUACACUUCCGGGUCCCGGAAGUGAUCCGUGGCCCCUCCCGCUCCUUCCCUCUCUUUCCGGUAGUGGAGUCCGGCGAAGACGCGCAGCAAUGGCACCUCGCAAGGGGAAGGAAAAGAAGGAGGAACAGGUCAUCAGCCUUGGGCCGCAGGUGGCUGAGGGGGAGAAUGUCUUUGGUGUCUGCCACAUCUUCGCGUCCUUCAAUGACACCUUCGUCCACGUCACUGAUCUUUCUGGCAAGGAAACUAUCUGCCGAGUGACUGGCGGCAUGAAGGUGAAGGCCGACCGAGACGAGUCCUCGCCAUACGCCGCCAUGUUGGCCGCCCAGGAUGUAGCUCAGAGGUGCAAGGAGCUGGGCAUCACCGCCCUCCACAUCAAGCUCCGGGCCACAGGAGGAAACAGGACAAAGACCCCUGGACCUGGGGCCCAGUCGGCUCUCAGAGCCCUUGCCCGCUCGGGUAUGAAAAUCGGACGAAUUGAGGAUGUCACCCCCAUCCCCUCCGACAGCACCCGCAGGAAGGGGGGUCGCCGUGGUCGCCGCCUGUAAACAGGACUCCCCAGAUUGUUUUCUGUUAAUAAAUUGUCAUCGUGUCA